CUUAUGUACAGCUGAGGGAAAAUAUUCUAAUGGCUUUCAUAUGUACACACACUAUCGAACCAGGAAGUGUGCACUGAGUUCGUCAGUGUUGAACCGAUAAAUGAUCCAAGAAUGGGGGAAAAUCAAUAGGAAUGCCAAAGAAGAGAGGCACACUUGACGGUUUUCUUUCUUUCUUUUUUUUUGGCAAAAGAGACUCUCUUCGAAACACACAGUGGAAAAGUAUUGACAAUAAAUUUGGUGCCUGAGGGAAGGCCAAAUACCAAAAAUAAUAGUAUUUUUCCAACACUCUCAACUCGUGCUAAUUGACGACUGAAGACUCUAAUCAAAAGUGGUUGCGUUUGCUUCAAUUAAAGACCCACCGUGUGUCUCCUCACUGAAUAGACUGUUUUUUUGUACGUGAAAGAAUAUAAAAAGUUUUAUAUGUGACAUUGGUGAAAACGUACCCUAAAAUACGAGUAUAUUGCGGCAGAGGUUCGCCUUCAGCUGACACGCACACAUGAGUUUAUUUACGAGAGAGAGAGAGAUGUUUCGUAAAAUUCUAUUCAAUAACCGCACAAUGUUCUAUAUGCGCGUCCGCGAAGGGCCUUAACACAAAUCGUGACUUGGGUCGAAUGGGUUUGUGUAUCUCAUCAGCAGAGACUCUCAGACGGCAUUCAGCGGUCUUUGAGUGCACUUUGCAGUGGAGUUUAAGAGUGUCUCUCUUUGAAUCAUUUUUUUCUCGCUCCUUCGGCAUAAGUGCGAAAAUGGUUUUCCAGUAAUUAAGUUCAGGUCACGGCUGUCCACCUUAUUAUAAGUUUAUUGAAAAUUUAUGAUUGCGUAACGAAGUUGGAAAAUUGUGGUUGAGAGAACUUGUCAGAAUUACACAUUAAAAGUUUUUGCGAAAUAUGAAAAUACCAACUUUAAUUCGCACCAAACCGAACAGGGUUAGAAGUUUUAUUCUUACCUGAAGCACACAUUUCAACAGCUUUUCGAGAGGUGUGCACAUGAAGGUCUAUUCACCUUGCCUUCUUAUGAGAAAUCUAGCAUAUAUCGCAUUGAUAUACACACAGACAGACAGUUUAAUUAAGUCAUACAUAUGUAGAAAAAAAAACACAAACUACGAGUAAUUUGCCAUGCGGAGAUUGCUAUCUCUCUCCCUCUCUAUCAUAUUAGUUAUUAAAGAUUGCCGAAUCUUCCUGGACUUGACCACGAAAUUAAUUCUAUAUUCAUACUGUUAUUUAGUGGACUGGAAUUCUUAUGGCAGUGUCUUGGGCGAUGUUUUGAUUUUUCGUCUCAUAUUAUACAGUGAUGAGCGAAAAGAGAACCAAUUAGUGUGGAUGAAAAUUCAAAAUCACUCAUGAACACAACAGCUAAUUAGCAUUUGCAUUCCAGUAUAAAUUCGUUCUACUGUUCUAAUGAUCUUUUUAAUUCCUAUCUUAGGUUUUUCCAUUCCGGCGAGAAAUUUGCUGCCAAAGUCAAAAGAGUCGAGCACCCGAAUAAUUUAUAUACCUCCAUAUCACUCACAAUCAUAAACUGCCAGUUUUUUUGUUGGCUCUCUCAACUCGUGGAAAAACUACGAGGAAAUAUAAUGUAAAUUAUUACUUGGCGUGAAGAACGACCACGUAAAGUUAUUACAAUACUAACAAAAAAAAGGCGCAAAAAUGGCUAAGGUUGAAACAAAAACAAGGACAGAAGGAUUUAAGUGCUGGCACAAAGAUGAUGGUUCCAGUUCUGAAAAUUCCGUCGUGGAAAGCUGCAGCGAGACAGACAGCCAGCCGAAUAACAACACCAUGUUUCACACGAAUAACAUCGCAUCGGAGAUGACUUACUCGUUUCCAAGACGGGAAACCGUUGACAUUUCCUUUGAGAAUCUCAAAUACACCGUGAAAUCUGUCAACUUUAGCAAAUGCAAAAUUGAAACAAAGGAAAUCCUUAAGGGUGUGUCAGGAUCAUUUUCUAGUGGAAGACUGACUGCCAUAAUGGGUCCGUCAGGCGCUGGGAAGAGUACUUUACUCAAUGUAUUAGCGAGUUAUGUGGAACGUGGCGUCACGGGAACAGUGACAGUGAAUGGGAAGAAUCGGUCCGCCAAUUCGCAGAAGUUCAGAGAGAUGUCCGCAUAUAUUCACCAAGAUGACGCUCUUCGGCCUUGGCUGAAGGUGUCAGAGGCCAUGAUCGUGGCGGCUCAUCUAAAGUUGGGCUACAAAGUCACGCACGACUACAAGAUCAAUUUGGUGAGACAAAUCUUGACACUUCUUGGACUGGAGAAGCGCUACAACACUUUCACAGCUAAACUGUCUGGCGGCCAAAAGAAGCGAUUGGCAAUCGCAUUAGAGCUGAUAAACAACCCACCGAUUUUAUUCCUGGAUGAGCCGACAACAGGUUUAGACAGCUCGUCUUGCACACAGUGUAUUUCUCUGCUGAAGCUCUUGGCGCAGGAAGGUCGAACGGUGAUUUGCACAAUUCACCAGCCAAGUGCACUGCUGUUCGAGAUGUUUGAUGAUCUCUACACUCUGUCGCAAGGAUACUGCAUAUAUCAAGGGUCCGUGAGGGAAUUGGUUCCAUUUCUCAGUGAUAUUGGACUUCGUUGCCCGAAUUAUCACAACCCUGCGGAUUUUCUUAUUGAAGUCGCGAGUGGCGAGUAUGGCACAGAUAUGUCAAAGAUGUCCAUGAUUGCCUCCAAUCGUAAGCGCGAAGAUGUCAAUGUGAAACGUGUAGAAAUACCUUCGGAGAGUGAACUUGAGAGCAGCGGCAUAGAUUUCAUUCCGCCACCCGAAAGUGGCGGCGUUAUCCUUGCCGAGACGGAAAGGCUUAAGGACUUCAAAGGAGUGUCAGGACAGCGCAAGCCAACACAGAGAGCUUCUGUGCUGAUGCAGUUCAUGUUGCUAUUCUGGAGGAACAUAAUUUGUCAUAAACGCCAUAGUUAUAUUUUGAUCUGCCGCAUAUUAGCACACACGAUUAUAGGAGCUCUUUUUGGCUACUUGUACACCGGCGUUGGAACCUUGGCCACAACUGUCUUCGGGAAUUACGUUUAUUUGUAUGGAUCGAUGCUACUGGUUGUUUACACUGGAAAAAUGUCUGUGAUGAUGUCUUUUCCAAUUGAGAUGGAGAUGCUGAAACGGGAACACUUCAAUAGAUGGUACAAAUUGGGGCCUUACUUCUUCUCUAUCAUCCUCUUUGAAAUACCAUUUCAGAUGAUCUGCGCGAGCACUUAUCUAGUGAUUAGUUACUGGUUGACAGGGAAUUUCAGUGAAGAUUGGAGGUUUUUCUACUUUAUGGUUCUAGCUCUCUUGGCAACUCUCAGUGCUCAGAGUUGGGGAUUCUUCUUCGGUGCCACUCUGCCAGUGAAGAUCGCCGUUUUCGCUGGACCAGUCGUUGCAGUUCUCUUCUCUGUCUUUGGCUUCUGCAACAGAUACAUCGACAUCACACCACUCUUCCGAUGGAUGUGGCACAUCUCUUACUAUCGCGUGGGCUUCCACGGGAUCCUCAACACUGUUUUCGGGAUGAACAGGAAGGACUUGACGUGUCCCGAAACAGCAAUGUAUUGCCACUUCAAGAAGUCCAAUGUAUUCCUUACAGAAAUGAUGAUAAAUGACAUCACAAUGGAGGGUGGAAUCUUCAUGAUGUCGCUAGUCAUCUUUGUGAUGCACUUGCUAACCAUUUCAGUUCUCUGGGUGAAACUUAACAAGAGAGAAGAUCGAUGCAUUUUUCUGUGUGAUUAUAGAAAGUUUUUCACACUCACGGGAGGAACAGAAGAGAUAAAGAAGAUUGAAUACCAUCUAAGUUGCGAUCAAAAAAUGUUGCCGUCACAGUCAGGCUCGUGCAGUGAUGUGAUGCUAACAACAGUGGCUGAAGACGCAGGAAUGGAUAAUUCUCAGCAAUCAGAUGUUUCUCAAAAUGACCUCCAAGAGGAAUCACCUGCUAUAAAGAAGAGCUUGGCGGAGAGACGACCAGUUGCUCUGCGCCUUAAGCCACUAGCACAGUCGCAGAGUGACUCUGAGUGUCUCACGGACGCGAAGAGAGAAGUUAAAUCGCUGGAUUUGGGCUUCAAAAAUAUGAAAUACACCGUCAAAACAGGAUUAGUUAAGCGAGAAGACAAAGUUAUACUGGAUGACAUAAAUGGGGACUUUAAGGCAGGGGAAUUAACGGCGAUUAUGGGACCAUCGGGAGCUGGCAAGAGUACAUUAAUGGACAUCUUGGCGGGUUACACUACCACCAAUGUUUACGGGAAAGUGACGGUGAACGGCAGGGAGAGGGACAUUCGACGCUAUCGACGACAAACGGCCUACAUUAUGCAAGAUCACAAUCUACAGCCAGUUCUAACAGUGUGGGAAGCCAUGCAUUUCUCAGCAAAUCUCAAGAUUGGGUGUGAUAUGAGUGCGGCAAAAAAGCGUGCCAGAAUCAAACAAAUACUGAAGGCAAUUGCGCUAUUUGAUGUCCGCAAAACGAGAACGAUGAAAUUGUCUGGAGGCCAGAAGAAGCGUUUAGCCAUAGCUCUAGAACUCGUCAAUAAUCCACCAAUAAUGUUUUUCGAUGAGCCAACAAGUGGUCUCGAUAGUUCGACAUCGACCCAGUGCGUGUCCAUAUUGAAGCAGCUCGCCGAGGAGGGACGCACGAUCAUUUGCACGAUUCACCAGCCAUCCGCUCUAGUCUUUCGCAUGUUCGAUCACUUGUACGCCAUCGCAGAAGGCAAAUGUAUCUACACGGGAAGCGUGCAAAAUGUGGUGCCCUUCCUCAUGGAGCUCGACCUCAAGUGUCCGGAGUUCUACAAUCCAUCGGACUACUUGCUUGAAAUAUCCACGCAUGACUACGGAAUGCAGAACGAUCGACUUGUGGCGAAAUCUCAGAAUGGCAUGUGCUGCACGUACAGGAGCAAGAAAUCAAGGAACUCAUCGCAAAUCUCCGCGAUGACCAAAGUCGAGCAAAUGAUGGCGAAUGGUCUGAUAACGCCAGUGAGAGCUCCAAGCUUAGCUCACACAUCGAAAGUGCCUCAAACACCUGUGAUGGAAAUAAUGCAAUUGAAACCAAAGAAAGCAGGACUGAAGAUUAACCCGAGCAAGUGCUGCAAGCGCGACGAUCGCUACCCAACGACCUUCUUCAGGCAGUUCUACAUCAUUCUCCUGAGGACAUUCCUCAUCCUGUGGCGAGACAGAUCGCUCACGGCGAUGAGGGUGAGCAUCCACCUCUUCGUGGCGCCCAUAAUUGGGCUGCUGUACUUCGGAAUUGGGAAUGACGGCCACCACACUUUCAACAACUACAAAUAUGCCUUCUUCUCCAUAAUGUUUCUCAUGUACACAGCGUUUAGUUCUAUCAUUCUCGUUUUUCCUCUGGAGUUGCCGAUCAUCAAGAGAGAACACUUCAAUCGAUGGUAUUCCUUGAAGGCAUACUACGUAGCCAUGACCUUAGCCGAUGUUCCUGUGCAGAUAGUUUGCGUAUUCCUGUACACCUUGAUAACGUACUUGAUGACGGCUCAACCUCUUGAGAUUCAGCGAUUUAUACUCUUCAGCAUCACUUGCUUGGUGGUCUGUUUUGUUGCACAAAGUAUUGGUCUUCUCAUUGGAUCUCUCUUUAGUGUUAAGAAUGGCGCAAUCUUCGGGCCUUUCUUCAUCUGUCCCUUCCUCAUCUUUUCCGGCUUCUUCAUCCACUUGUCGGACGCCCACCCAAUAAUGCACUGGCUCUUCCACAUAUCCUUCCUGAAGUACGCCUUGGAAGGUGCUUCGUUGGCGCUCUUUGGCUUCAAUCGACCAAAAAUGGAAUGUGAUAGACUCUUUUGCCAAUUCGUGUUGCCAGAGAAAUUCAUGAAGACCAUUAAGAUGGACGAAGCCAAUUUCUGGGUCAUUCUUGGAGCAAUGACAAUCAUAUUUCUCUUCUUCCGCGUCACAACGUACUACGUCAUGCUCUACAGAUUGAGAAACAAGAGUUAAACUCAAUUUAUCUAAUAGGUAGACACUAUUUAUCGUGCACAUUCCGCACAUUCUAAGGAAAUGUUUAUUCUCACUUUUCUAUACCUUUCAAGCAAAUUUAUUGUGCAAUGUAGUCCUUUAAAAUGUGGAGAAUUUUUUUUUUGAUUAUCUUUAACAACUAGAUAGGGUAGAAAAAUCGUUGUAUUCUCGACAGUUUAAUGUCCCCCAAGUUAGCUUUAAAAUGUAACAUCUCGAGGGAUUAUUGGUGUGUAAAUACAUAUAUUUUGUGAAAAUCGAGAGUAUCUUUCUUCUUGUGAGUUAUGUAAGAUAAAAUCCAAAAUAUUGCAAA